GUUCUAAGGGCACCUGCAUUAUUCACUGGACACGACACAGGUGCUCUCAUACGUAUGCAUAUCCUUUCACGCGCAUGUACACCGUCGAUCCUAGGCUCGGCGACAUGCUCCCAAACGCGCCCCCCCGAGACGUCGUCAACACGAUCCCGGGGCCCGUGUACCGCUGUGUGGAACUCGCCGCGCUCUCCGCGUUCCCUGCGCGCCGCCACGUAGCCAUCGGCGGCCGCUGCUUCAUUAUGCUAGACGAUGCCGCCCUCGCCGCCGUAGCCCACGCGUGGCGACGGGCAACGCGAUCGAGCCGCUCUACGCAAAGGGCGCGGUGCCCUGUCCGCUGCGUACGCUUUGCGUGGCGCCAAGCCAGCUAGCAUCCCCGACGAGUGAAGCCAGCUUCGGCUGUAACCGCGACGCACGACCUCAUGAACACGCGCUAUGACGGAGAGCUCGGGCCUAUGCCGCCGUUCGCGUCGUUUGGGAAACGCCCUGUUGGGAUGGUGUACCCGCUUGCGGGCAGCUGCGCAGGGUGCCAGCGCGAGGACACCACGGCAGACGAGGGCUUGCUCAAGCGGUGCGCGCGGUGCAAGUUGACGCGGGUCUUCGAGAAUUGGGGCUGAGAAAGACUAAAGCCAGGUGCGUUCCGAUAUUCUUGUCAACACGUACCCAGGUGAUUUGAAC